AUGCAAGAAGCCGCUUUGGAUAGAGAAUCCGCCUUCGAAUUCUCCGAUCUCGGGAUGAAUCGAAACGAGAUUGAGGUGGAGGAAAUUCCUCUCCAGUGCUUGGAUCAGGGCGGAUCUGAUUGCAAUGGCUUCCGCCAUGAGGGGAGAGCUCACAUAAGGUUCCGCCAGACUGCCGGAGUCGAUUUGUGUUCCGUCAAUGGUGGUGAAGAUCCAGCCGGCUCCGGCUAUCCUUGUUUCUGGAUGUAG